AACAGUAGUUUGACGUUACCUUGGUAGCUCUAAAUAUUAUGCUUCAACUCCCAGUGACAAUGUAAAAGUUUUGUCAAUAUUUGGUGCUUUUUUUAAAGGAUAUUUUUUCAAGAUUGAAACAUGUCAGUAGUAACCUACGAGAAACCAUUACCCCAUAUCGGACUAGCCGAUUGGUUCGCCAAACAAUGGGAAAAUCAACAAACGAACGAUGCCAGAAGAAGCGACGCCUUCAAUUUAAGGCACGAAGCCAGGCAGCUACGAAACGAGACUAGAAUUCGAACGGAUUGGGACACUUACCACAACAAUGUCCGAUUGGGUGAUCGUAUCACGGAACUGGACCGAUGGAAGGAAACUCUAGAAGCGUGUCUCAGAAGAAUAGACAAAGAAGUGGGUCUUUUAAAAGACGAAAAAUUCGAAACAGAAAAAGAAAUAGACGCCUUUGGCAUACCGUUGACCGUCAUAUCAGAAUGCAUAUCGAUGAGGGAUAAUAGGCAAGGAAACGAACUCACCUAUGAUGAAGGAGAUACAGAAUUGAAGAGGGAACUAUGUGUUGUGGAAAGUGUAAAGAAGAUUUUGAUAGAAAGAUGCCAGGAGGCAUGGGAGAAAAUCAAUAAAUUGAACGAGGUUCGCUUCAAAUUGCAGUUGGAUAUUAACGAUAAACACGAAUCGAUCGAAAUCGAUCAAGAUCAAUUGACGUUGGACAAGAAUUGUGCUAACAUUAGUUUCAAGACGGAUCCCUUGCGUCUCGUGAAAAAUUCGAUUCCUAACGAGGCAUGGCUGGAGCACACUCGCAGCGUAAAACAAUUAGCCGACAACGAACUAGCGGACACGCUGCGUCUGCGCGAAACAUUGUUCGUUGUUCGCGAACGCUCCAAAAAUGAUAUGCUUGCGCAGCGCGAUAGAGUCGAUUUUGUACUGCGCAAACGCAUCUACCAGACGCAGAAGGCCAGGAACGAGAUUGAAUGGCAGCAGUUAAAGAUGCGUGAAGAGAUGAAAAAGGUAGAGAAGGAAAUCAGAACCUUAGAAGAUGCUCUGCUGGCGAAGUGUGAUGCUCUUAAAUUGGCUGAAACUCGAUUAGAAAAUAGAUCGUAUCGACCCGGUUUUGAACUGGCAAGGGACGAGCCCGAACAAGGACUCAAAAAUGAAGUACUGCAACUGAGACAGACGCGCAAAGACCUCCAGGACAAGAUAAACUGUGCCAAAGCCACCUACAACGCUCUAGAAGACCGUCAAGUGGCGAUCGAUCGUGAUCUGAACAAUAAGAAUCAGUCUUUGAUGACUGACAUUCGCUGUUUGGAUAUGAGAGCGAGGUUAAGAAAGGGUGAAUUCGGUGGUUCGGAAUCCGAAACAGAUAGGAAUAUCAUUUUGACAAAAAUGGAAAAAGAAAUACCAUCGACGUAGAUACUUACAUGUAUUCUGUAUUUUUUCUAUUGAAAUUGUAUGUACCAUUUUGCAUAUUACGUAUCUAACUAAUCUAGUAGAAUCAGUUUUAUAAAUCAUUGUAUGCCUGCGAAUGAAUAAUAAAGCACACUCAGUAUCGUA